AAACACGCACAAGCACGAAGCCGAGGAAGAGGGAGCGAAAAGAGCCGCGCAGGCGCCGGCCUAACGUGGAGAACGCUCGACUCGUCCGCGUGGCGCGAGUUAGAACUUGACUUGGUGCUUUUAGUCUUGGCCCGUCCCUUCGUCGAUCCUCGUCCUUGCCAGUCGAGAGAGAGAGAGAGAGAGAGAGAGAGAGAGAGAGAGAGAGAGAGAGAAAGAGAGAGAGGGAGGGAGGGAGAGAGAAAACAGCCCCUACGGCGGGACCCUGCGCCAGUACCCCGCCGAUGCCGGCUGACAGAAGAGAAGUAUGCGUUCAGAGUCUCGAUCGGUAGUCGCAGGAAAGAGGACGCGAGGUGGAUCCUGCAUGAUCCGCCAACCGAGCCGGCGCACUGUUCACCAACGAAUGCGAAGAGCUCCGCGAUGAAGAGAACCACGCGUCGCCCCCACGUGCCUUCCGCAAGCUCGCUCGCAGCAGCGCGACUCCGCCGCGCGACGAAGUGAGCGCUCGUCCUCCGGGUAACUUGUCCGCGAAACCGGCAAAACCUCGCAUGUAAACUUCGUGAGUAACUUUCACCGGUCCCUGCGGAGCGAUAUCGUCGUCUACACGUGUAAUCCCAGCCGAAGGAUAGGGCUUCCGAAUGGGAAAUAAUUCGCGAGUAUUAAUCAUACUGUGAGACCCGGAGAGUGCAAGAAUAUUAUCCUGCCUCAAGGGAAACCCGAAAGGUGCGUCUUUUAGCACUGAGCACCGAUCGAUGUGGGCGAUCGUGACAUGUCGCAAGAGAUCUUACCGCGUCGAGAAUCAGCCGCGGUCACAAUGAGCGGAGUUCGCGUGUCGAAAAGGAGCAGCCGUGCUCAACGCCGCUGGCGUAUCCUGGCCCGGGCACUGACCGGCUCGCCGGAGCCGACCGGCAGCGACUCCGAGGAGGAGGUGUCGGUGCGACGGUUCACCAGCUUCGGCCUGCUCAAGUGCACGCUGCUGGAAAACACACUGGCGGACGGUGAGUCCAGCUGGUGCGAGUACUCGACCGAGCUGGAUGGUCGGCUGUACGACGUGCAGAUACGGCGGGUGAGCAAGUGCUUCACGGCGAGCGAGCUGAUCGGCUUCAACAACACCGGCAACGUGUGCGUCUGGCCGUCCGAGGAGUGUUUGGCCUACUACUUGCUGAGGAACCGCGGCUUCUGCCGGAACCGGAGCGUCCUUGAACUCGGCGGCGGCAUGAGCUGCCUGGCCGGCGUCCUCGCUGCCAAAUACUGCAAUCCCAGCGCCGUCACGCUUACGGACGGCAACGUGACCAGCGUGGACAACGCGCGUUGCAUCGUCACCAGGAACGACAUGACGGAUCUGGUGGAGUGCGGCGUCGUGCAAUGGGCUCGGGCCGCCAGAGCUCUCAGACAGGCGGCGGUCAAUGGUAACCGCGUUAAGACCCGGACGGCUGACGGCGACGAAGACGCGCGAUUGCCGUCGAGCCUCUACGACGUGAUCCUCAGCGCCGACUGCCUCUUCUUCGACGACGCACGAUUGGACCUGGUGGAGACCAUCUACGGCUGGCUGGCUGAUGACGGGAUCGCCUUAGUGAUGGCGCCCAGACGCGGCACGACAUUCCAGAAGUUCGCUGAGGCGUCCAUCAAACGCGGCUUCAUAGCGCGGCAGACGGAGCGAUACGAUGACACGGUUUGGUCGAGGCAUUUGCAGCUUCUGCAGAACAAUCCGGAGUACUGCCCGGAUCUGCACUACCCGGUGCUGCUGGAGCUCACAAAGCAAAAGAAGACGCCGCCCGGAUGAUCGAGUUCGAUCGAAGACGACGAGGACGAUCAACCGGAUGAGAGCGUCAGCGAGGGAUGAGAACGUGUUCGCGAUCCGGCUUCCGGUUUGCAGACUGGAUCGCACACACUUUGUUCGCGCUCAUGGUAGAAAUUGGUUGGAUGAGGAGGACGAGUGUACCUCUCCCGAGCGGAGAGAGAUCCACGCACUCGCUAUGCGAGAGCACAUUUAUGUUGUGUCGAGGCAAUGUCAAGGACGACUUUUUAUUCGUGCGUCCGAUUAAGCGUUUAGCGCUUAACUCAUGUGCAGCCGCGAAUCGAUCUGCCGCUCGCACGCAUCGUUCCACAUCGUCGCUGGUAUCGGAAAAGAGAGUAUCCAAGAAGGAGGGAAGUUUUUUAUAUUAUGCGCGACGCACGCGCGGGAAUUGAACGAGUUUGAAUGUGUCCGAUCUUCGUCUCGUUAAUUAACACGCACGUUGAGUGCACACGAUAGAUACGAGCGAGCACACACACCGUACGAAUCUAAAACAGUACAAACGUUAAUUGUACUUGUACCUUCGAAAUGUUACACACUUGUCCGGAGCGAAUCGUCUAGUAAAUUGACUUAGAGCUGAUGUAUUUGUAUUGACGUAGAGCUGAUUACUUCCUUUCGUUUUUAACGCAGCGCGAAUGUUUGCGGCGGAUGAUACGCGAAAGAUGACGCAAGGAGCUAUAAUCCUUCGUCUGAAAUUAAUCCGACGUAACUCAGACGUAACGCAGAUUAUUAUUAUUCUCACAUGUAGCAGGUGAGACUUUUGGCACGAUUUUACGCGCAACGUAUAUCGAGGGACAGAAAGCGUACCAAUGGCGAGCAGAAACUUUCCAAACGAAUGGAUUUGCCUCUGACGAGGUAGAAUUCGGGGCUUAUGGACGAUUUCAGAUCGUAUAUUUAAGAUAUUUCUGUCACGUAAUACAUCGGACGACGAAGAUUAUAUCGCGGGAUGGAGUUAGUCGUUUCGUCAAAGACGUGCAAGAGAUUAAUGCUGCCGAUUUAAUGUCACACGUGAUAAAUUGUGGGACAAAAUUACGAGUUAUUAGUUUGUUUCAAGAUAAAUGACGGUGUCUGUCGCAUCUGUAUUGUAUUCUUCACCCGGGCUUGAGAGGUGACCGUUGAUAAAGAGGGCUCUUCUUAGACGUACCUGAUUUUAUAACAUGCCGGUGGGAAACGUCGGGAAAUAAAUUUCGGGAAGACGAUCGAGUUUCGGACUUGUAUAUUAGAGCCUUAUUUAUGACAGCAAGACAAGAUAGUCGUAAGUGUCAUCGAUCGUCGAUCGAAACGCCGAUAUUAAAUGAAUAGCUCGAAGUACUUCUCGAGAUCUUCGUUCAUCGCAGCCGGCAGGACCAAUCGUAGAGAUGGAGUAGUAUUUAAAUACAGCUGAGCUACAUAACUGCUAGGCAUUCGUAUUGUCUCUAGUGAAUUCUGUUCAUCGCAAAGUUAUGCUAACAAAUUCUUUGUGGAUUAUUCCUGGAUUCAAAGAAGGACUAAGUACCGAUAUUACCAAUUAACGAGAUGCUAUCGAGGGUCCAAAAAGGUGUAUAUGUGUAUGAGAGUAUGUGUGCGUGUGUGUGCGUGUGUAAAGUCAAGUUGCAUAGAGAAACAAAGUAUAUUGACAACUGUCGAUUCGGUAAUAAACGCCUGGGGAUCUAAAGUGUCAAUAAAAUAUUACCUAUUACGCUUGUUACUAUAGAGACACCGCUAUAAUUGACACAAUGUAAUUGCCGGAUAAAUCUAAGGAGAUUCAACAACUUUUACGCGAGUCGAUUUGUCUUGUUCACGGCGCGCGCAUCGUGUAGUGAUUUAUUUAUUUAUUUAUUUAUUUAUUAAUGCUCGUAUAUUUAUACAUAUAUAUAUAUAUAUAUAUAUUAUGAUGAAAGAUUUCUCGAAUAUAGUUAUUAGGUACUUCCGAGAAUGUUCUGAACCCAUUACCUCAAAGGACCAAUCUAUAUAUAAUUAUACAUAGUUAAGUCUAGUCAGAUCCACCAAACUUCCAUUGUUAUGUACCUACUUACGUAACUUAGAUAUUUCCAUAACAUCUCUCUCUCUUUCCACUCGUGUAACGCGACAGAACUAUAAGAAAUAGGAAAAGUUAAAUUAUAUACCAUACCAUACAGAAAUAAAAGGAUAAUUUUGUAAAAAAAACCACCGGUC